CUGGUGAAGAAAUCAGAAGCUGAUCUUGAAAUCCCAGCUGCCUUGAGGCACGGGAGGCGGCCGGUGGAGGUAUAUAUUCAGGGCUGAGCGCGCCCGGCUCACAGACGUGCAGACUGCCUGCCCACCUCUGCUUCCUCCAGGAACAUAGGACUGCCAGACCACAUCCGGCCACCAUGAGUUCCCUCGGUGAAGCAAUCAUCCACCUUGCAAUCGAUCUGUUCCACCAGAUCAGACAAUCAAAGAAGGAAAACAUCUUCCUGUCCCCUUUCAGUAUCUCGUCAGCCUUAGCCAUGACUUACUUAGGGGCCCGAGAAAACACCGCGUCAGAAAUGGAGAAGGUACUUCACUUCGGUAAAAUCGCAGAGAACGCAAGAGGAGGAGCCGCAAAAGAUUGCGUUGAAAAGCCAGGAAAUGUUCAUCAUCACUUUCAAAAGCUUCUGACGGAAUUAAAGAAAUCCACUGAUGCCUAUGAGCUGAGUGUCGCCAACAGGCUCUAUGGAGAAAAGGAGUUUCCGUUUCUCCAGGAAUACAUGGAUAAUGUUAAGAAAUUUUAUCUGGCCAGUGUGGAAUCUGCCGAUUUUAAACAUGCUGCAGAGGAAAGUCGAAAGAUGAUUAACUCCUGGGUGGAGAGCCAAACCAAUGAAAGAAUCAAGGGUCUGUUUCCCAAAGACUCUCUCGACAGCACCACUGUUCUGGUUCUGGUGAACGCUGUCUAUUUCAAAGGGCAGUGGAACGAGAAAUUUGAGGAAGAAAGUACUACGGAGGAAAAAUUUUGGCUGAACAAGGAUACAAGCAAACCUGUGCAGAUGAUGAAACAAACCAAUAGCUUCAAUUUCGUGUCACUGGAGGAUGUGCAAGCCAAGAUCCUGGAAAUCCCAUACAAAGGCGGAGAGCUGAGCAUGCUGGUGCUGCUGCCCAAUAAAGUAGACGGUCUGCAGAAGCUUGAAGACCAGCUCACUGCUGAGAAGCUAAUAGCGUGGACGAGCCCACAGAAUAUGGGGAAGAGACAAGUGCAUUUACACCUGCCUCGGUUUAAAGUGGAAGAGAGCUAUGACCUCGUGCCCACACUGCAAGCCCUGGGGAUGGUGGACGCCUUCCGUGAUGAGGUGGCCGACUUCUCGGGCAUGACCAAGAAAUGCAGUCUGGUGGUAUCAAAGGUCUUCCACAAGUCCUUUGUGGAGGUGACCGAGGAGGGCACGGAGGCCGCGGCUGCUACCGGUGUGGGUGUCAGUGUUGUCACGUCACUACCGUUUCACGAGAGUUUCCGCUGUGAUCACCCUUUCCUGUUCCUCAUCAAGCACAUCAAGACCAAUAGCAUCCUCUUCUGUGGCCGAGUCUCUUCCCCUUAG